AUGAAUGCUACAAAAGUGUCAUCAAAGAAUGCGACAGCUCAACGUGUUUAUCAACGUCGCAAUCGCAAACAAAAUCGUACGCAUACUAUUUCAUUAGCCUAUCUUCCUAUAACAACAACAAUCCUUCCCACAGCAAAUACAACAUUAUUAUUAAAUUCAUCGGCUGUUUUUACAAAUGAUUUUACUAUAUUAUCAUUAUUCACGCAAAAUAAAUUUCUUUUUCUUAUAGCUUUAUUGCUUCUAAUACUCUUAUGUAUAAUAUCAAUAAUAUUUCUUGUCAUUAUAUUAAAAUGUAAAAGAAAGAAAAAUUGGAAAAUUCGUCGACAACAACGUAAAGAUAUCAAACUUGCUCAAGAUAUUCCAGAUUUUCUUGAUGAUCAUCCUGGAAAUAAAGGUGAGAGUGUAGUUUUAAUUACAUCAAAUGAUCAAAUUACUAUGUUCGAUGAUAUUAAAAAUACAAAUGGAACAAAACUUCAUGAUAAUAUUAGUAAUACAUUGUCACUUGAUCCAAUGCUUCAAGAAAAAAUUAUUAAAAAUAAUCUUCCUAAUACUCCAGGAUUACCAUUACCAUCCGAUGAUACAUCAAUUGAUACACUACGUGGUUCAUUGAUAUCAUCACCAUCUCAACAAACUGCAUCUAUUCAAACCAUUCCUACUCCAACACAUUCAAUAACUGUACCAGAUUCAAUUACAAAUCUUGAUGAUAAAGCUGUUGAAUUCGAAAAAGAUGAUGGUUUGAAUGAUUUAGAUUUAAAAGGUAUUAAACCACGUUUUAUAAAAGGAAUCAAUAAUAGUGGUAGCAAUAUAUCAUCAUAUCGUACAUCAGUUUCAUCAGUAGAACAAAGUAUUCGCAAACAAGAACGACGAAAUGAAGAAGAAGAACAUCGGUUUUUACAUGGCUCAAAUUCAAAUUUAUAUGAAAAAGAAUUAAGAAAACAAGCUGAAAAAGAAUCAUUUUCUUCAAAACCAAAUACAAAUUCUCGAGAACAAACUCCUUCGAAACCACAUACACUUUCUCAAGCAUCACUUGUUUCAAGGACUAGCGAAGAUAGUUGUUAUUAA